AUGUGUCUCACCCUUACUUUAAAGUAUUUGGCGUGUGGCCACGAAGAAUCAUACAUUCGUCCUUGCGGGCGUGAUGGCAUGCGUUGCAAUAUGAUGACAGUCCACACCUGCAAUCUAAGAACCGAAGUGUGCCGUAACUGUUGGAUGCUUCAUGACUUUAGACAAGCCCCUAGUUACAAACCCGAGGAGGCAAUGACAGAAAAUGACGUACUGCGUUAUCAGGAUUGGAAUCUAGUAGCUGAAACACAAGACUUACAAGCUUACCUCCAUAACUUACCCCUCCCCAACCUUGUUAAUCAAUAUGCCCACUUCUAUUUGACAAAUACAGUGGUAUUUGAUUUCCUUAAUCAGAGUGCUUUGAGAGUACUCGAUGAGAUUGUUAAACAUCAUUUGGUUCCAGCUUUCCAGGCGCGUAUCAUUAACGGUGAGAAUAUACCACUUGCUGACAGAAUACAAACCCUGAACAUUCGUCAAAUUCUGGUGUUAAAUUAUGCUCUGGCAAAGGCUUCUCAAGCUUUGGGCGACGAUGACUGGAGAAUCGCGAUGGGCUAUAGAGUCUUCACAAACUUCGACAAUUCAAGACAUUUCACUCGUCUCGAAGACCUGCAAGCAGUCAUAGACGAUUGCGGCAUUUGCCGAAAUGCUUUGAAUCACCAUGAUGAAGGAGAAAUGAAUCGUGCUCUAGUCAAGACAAUCUGCAAUCAUAUGUUUCAUGAACGCUGUUUAGAGCUUAUUCCUCAUCCUGCAGUGAUCACCGAUCAAGACAUGGCACGACUAGAACUCGCGGUUGUAGACGCACGUGCAGCUCUCGAAACCGCCAGACAAGAAUUCAAGAUCGCCGAUAGACGUGUCCGCGCGGCAAUAAAAGCCAUUGACACUCGGGUACUCGUUCCUCUGGAGGAUCUCCGUACAUUCCAAGAUCGAUUGCUUGAAUCUGCUGUGGAUAUCGAGGAACACGAUUUCCGAGACUAUCAAUAUGUACUUCGUCAACAACAAAGAACACGUCUAAUAAGCGAGAGUUUUCUUCGUGAUUGUUUGCACAGGAGACAAGAGAAGGAUCACGCAUAUGAUCUCGCUCAGUCGAGAUACCAUGCUGCUGCGAGAGCGUUGAAGAUGGCGCGGGAUGUUGUGACGGCGCGGGGUGUGUAG